AUGAGCACAGAGCUCAGCGGCAUCGCCACAAAGGUGAAAAAACCACAGGCCGCCGCCGCGGCCCCAAAGAAAAGGGCCAACGGCAUAUUCACGACAAUGUCCGUUGCCCACGUGGACGACGAGGAAGACAACGACCCCAGCCCCGGCGGCGGUCCCCACCGCGUGGAGAAGGCUUUCCCCGAUGGCUCCCUCUACACCGGCCACUGGUCCGGCGACCGCCCCCACGGCCACGGCAAGUGCCUCUGGCCAGACGGCUGCAUGUACGAGGGAGACUGGGCCGGCGGGCGGCCCGCGGGCCGCGGCCGUUUCAGCUGGCCCUCCGGCGCCACCUACGAGGGCCGUUUCCGGGCCGGCCACAUGGACGGAGAGGGCUCCUACACGGGCUUUUCUGGCGACGCGUACCGCGGCCAGUGGUCCGGUGACGAGCGGCACGGCCGCGGGGCCCGCUCGUACGGCAACGGCGACCACUACGAGGGCCAGUGGCGGCGGGCCCACCCUCACGGCCGGGGUAGGUACACGUGGCACAACGGGAACCAAUACAUUGGGCAGUGGAAACAGGGGAGGAUGCACGGGACGGGCACCAUGAUAUGGGCCAACGGGAACCAGUACGACGGGAGCUGGCUCGACGGGCUGCCACGUGGCAACGGAACCUUCCGGUGGGCCGACGGAAGCUUCUACGUCGGAUUUUGGAGCGAAGAACCGAGGGAGAUGAGCGGGACGUACUACCCGUCCAGCUCACAGGCGGUCGGGGGAAGCUUCGAGUGGGACCCGCGAGAGGUGUAUUAUUUGGUGAGCUUGAGCGAUUGUCGAGUGGCUCGAGGGGAGAAAAUAUCAAUUUUGCCCUCGGAGAAGGGCGUGAACUGGCCGUGUGAGGAUUCUUGUGGGGUUGUCGUAAGGGGCGGGUCGUCGGGUAAUUGGGGCGGGUGUAGUUUGGGUUCGGAGUCGGAUUUGAGUAUGGAGGGAGGGAGUAAAGGCUCGGGAAGGGAAGGGAACGGUGAAGGAGUCGAGGAUUAUUCGAGUGUGGGGUCGAGAGGAUGUAGUAAGAGGCCUCCUCCUCGGAUGAUAAUUAAACCGGCCAGGAGGUACGGCCACACAAUUUCUAAAGGGCACAAGAAUUACGAGCUUAUGCUGAAUUUGCAGCUAGGGAUAAGGCAUUCGGUAGGAAGACCUGCUCCAGCAACGUCCCUUGAUCUCAAGAAUUCGGCAUUUGAUCCGAGGGAUAAAUUAUGGACAAGAUUUCCACCCGAGGGGUCUAAGCAUACUCCGCCCCACCAGUCGUGCGAAUUUAAAUGGAAAGAUUACUGCCCGUUGGUUUUCAGGACUCUGAGAAAAUUAUUUAAGGUGGAUCCGGCGGAUUACAUGAUGUCGAUAUGCGGAAAUGAUGCCCUCCGAGAGCUGUCAUCGCCCGGAAAAAGUGGAAGCUUCUUUUACUUGACUAACGAUGAUAAAUAUAUGAUCAAGACCGUGAAGAAAUCGGAAGUAAAAGUGCUUAAAAGAAUGCUUCAGGCUUAUUACAAUCAUGUUCGGUCAUACGAGAACACUCUGGUUACAAAGUUUUUUGGCCUUCAUUGCGUGAAGAUGACCGGGCCCGCGCAAAAGAAGGUUCGGUUUGUCAUUAUGGGAAAUUUGUUCUGUACCGAGUUUGCUGUCCAUAGACAUUUCGACUUGAAGGGUUCUUCUCACGGCCGCCUAACCGUAAAACCAGAAUCCGAAAUCGAGCCCACAACCACUCUCAAAGAUCUCGAUUUGAACUUCGUUUUCCGGUUGCAAAAGUCUUGGUUCCAAGAUUUCUGCAGGCAAGUGGACCGUGACUGUGACUUUCUCGAGCAGGAACGGAUUAUGGAUUACAGCCUUUUGGUCGGCAUUCACUUCCGAGAAAUAUCGCCUUCCGGCGAACCACUAACUACGGACACUAAUAAUAAUAUUUCCAGAGCAAAAACACCUAAUGGUGCACGUCUAUCCACGACUCUACCUUUCGUUUCUAACAAAAAAGAAAAAAACUUUCUUUCUAACGAGUGGGCAUCGAUUAGGUUAGGUCGCAACAUGCCCGCACGAGCCGAGCUAACAGCAAGAAGAAACAAUGCCGAGCCCCAGCUGGUGGGGGACCCGACAGGGGUGUACUAUGAUGUCAUCCUCGUAUUCGGGAUAAUCGACAUUUUGCAAGAUUAUGACAUCAGCAAGAAGCUGGAGCACGCGUAUAAGUCUUUCCACUAUGACUCCACGUCGAUAUCGGCCGUGGACCCCAGGCAGUACUCGAGACGCUUUCGUGAUUUUAUAUUCAAGAUUUUCACGGAGGACUCGGGAUGA